AUGGAGCUCGUAGCACUGCCGUUGCUCGGUUUGCUGGUCUUCUUACUCGUCAACCUCGUCGUGAAGAGGAUGUACGUGCACGCUUCGCCGGCGCCACGCAAGCGGCUGCCGCCCGGGCCAUGGCAGCUGCCGCUCGUCGGCAGCCUCCACCACGUCCUGCUGUCGCGCCACGGCGCCCUGCCGCACCGGGCCCUGAGGGAGCUCGCGGGCAGGCACGGCCCGCUCAUGCUGCUCCGCUUCGGCGCCGUGCCCACGCUGGUCGUCUCCUCCGCCAAGGCCGCCAGGGAGGUCCUCAAGACGCACGACGCCGCCUUCGCCAGCCGCCACAUGACGCCCAUGCUGGCCGUCUUCACCCGCGGCGGGCAGGACGUCCUCUUCUCCCCCUACGGCGACCUCUGGCGCCAGCUCCGCCGGGUGUGCGUGCUCGAGCUCCUCAGCGCGCGCCGCGUCCAGUCCUUCCGCCACAUCCGCGAGGAGGAGGCCGGCGGCCUGCUCCGCUCCGUCGCCGACGAGUGCGCUCGCUCUCGCUCCGACAACGGCGCCGUCGUGGAGAUCGGCGAGCGGCUGGCACGCGUGGUGAACGACGUCGUGGUGCGGUCGGCCGUCGGCAGCCGGUGCGCGCGGCGCGAGGAGUUCCUGCACGACCUCGACGAGACCGCGAGGCUGACGGCCGGCAACAGCCUGUCCGACCUGUUCCCGUCGUCGGCGCUGGCGCGCUGGAUCGGCAGCGGGCUUCGCGAGGCCGAGCAGUGCAACCGCAACGCGCGCGACAUCCUGAGCGACAUCAUCCGCGAGCGCGCCGAGGGCGGCCAAGGCAGCGGCGGCGACGGCGAGGACGACCUGCUCGGCGUGCUGCUGAGGGUGCAGAAGGACGGCGGCGCCCUCACCACGGACAUCAUCAUCACCGUCGUCCUGGUUACCACUUACCACUCCCCUUUUCUCAUUUCAAAGUUGAUCGAAGCACGUCACGCUCUCUUAGUACCAUCGUCUACUAAUUCCAGGAGGUUUUUGCGGCCGGGAGCGAGACGUCGGCCACGACGCUGGAAUGGGCCAUGUCGGAGCUGGUGA